UUUCCGGGCGAGUUCGGAUGGGUUCUGGGCUGAGUUCGGGUCCCCCGCACGGGUUCGGGUCCCCUCAGGCGGGCUUGGGUCCCCUCAGGGAGGUUCGGGACCCCUCAGAGAGGUUCGGCUUCCCUCAGGCGGGUUCGGAUCCCCUCAGGGAGGUUCGGAUCCCCUCAGGGAGGUUCGAAUCCCUUCAGGCGGGUUCGGGUCCCCUCAGGCGGGUUCGGGUCCCCUCAGGGAGGCUCGGAUCCCCUCAGGGAGGUUCGGAUCCCCUCAGGCGGGUUCGGAUCCCUUCAGGAGGGUUCGGGUCCCCUCAGGCGGGUUCGGGAACCCUCAGGGAGGCUCGGAUCCCCUCAGGCGGGUUCGGAUCCCCUCAGGGAGGUUCGGAUCCCUUCAGGGAGGUUCGGGACCCCUCAGGCGGGCUCGGAUCCCCUCAGGGGGGCUCGGCUUCCCUCGGGCGGGCUCGGGACCCCUCGUGCGGGACGCUCCCGGUUCGGGACGGUUCGGGUGUGUCCGGAGCGGUUCGGGUCCCCUCGGGCGGGUUCGGGUCUCUCCGCCGGGCCGGUCCCAGCCGUGUCACUCCGGGCGGUGCCCACCGGGGCGUGGCCAGGGUGUGACGUCAGGGGGUCCCGGGGA